UAGUCUAUAUUUUGAUGGCACUGCUCAAGGUGUGCGCCUUGGAACGCCGACGGAAAAACUCGCAUGAAAAUUGUGAAAAUCGAAAGCUAGCUGCGCCAUGUACUGCACCACCCGACUGCUCAGAUACGUUCUGUGUGUCAUCAGUGGCAUCUGUGCCCUAGGUGGCUGCCUGCUCAUCUGGUACGGCGCCUGGCUGCUGGAUAGCCUCUCUGAGGAGCAGCGGAUGCUGGGAAUGGAUCACGGUGAGGACCUGGCCGCCGUUCUCUGCGUCCUGCUGGGCACCGUCAUCGUGGUGGCCAGCAUUUUCGGAUCGGUGGCUGUGGCCAAGGACUCCAGGGUGCUGUUGAUCUGCUACGCCGUUUUGUUGGUGUUUCUCCUGAUCGUUCAGAUUGUAUUGGUCAGCAUAAGCUAUGCCGCCAGCCGAGAUUUCCUACCGGAUUCUUUGAGGCAGGGACUUGACGACCUGUGGGACUUGCAACACGAGGGCAACAGCACACUGAACACCUACGAGGAGUGGCUUCACUGCUGUGGCCGCAACAGUGCCGAGGACUACCUGCACUUGGAGAAGAUGCCUCCUCCCAGUUGUUGUCUCAAUCGGGACUGCACCAAGCAUCUGAAUCUUUUCAUGACAGGCUGCGAAGUCAAGUUCAAGGAGUAUGUCGGCGCAAAGACAGCCAACUUCCACUCGCUAAGUUGGUUCCUUGUUAUCUUUGAGUUCGCUGGCUCGGUGACCACCUGCUACCUGGUAGACAGCAUUCGCAAUCAUCGCGACCGCAUAAGAUUCUAUAAUUAAGAUAGUAUUUAGGGAUUUGCACGAACCGUAUUAUCGUUAUUUGUUGUGAGUAAUUUCCUAGCCAUACGGCCCUGGCGAAUUGUGAUUGUAGUUUACGAUGAUUAACCAAGUUAGGCUACAGAUACCAAGUAUUCAUUCAUAAAACUGUAAACUGGCACCCACGCCCACGAAAUAAUUCGAAACGAAAAUAAAUAAACCCGUUGCCAUUGACUAAACU